UUGACAAUGGUAUGAACAUCACAAAUUAACCACGGUGUGUUAGCUGGUUUAUACCUUCUCAAGUCUAUUGUAGUUUUAUAACUCCAUUCUGUUAUCCUACACAAUUUUUUGAGAGCAUUUUUUAAUAAAUUCCGCUUUUUAGAAAGAAGACAUUUUAGUGAAAUUUCUCCAGGAGUACAACCUGAAUCACCUAAAAGCCUUCAAACUUAUAGCUGCACGUAUCCGAUGCUGUUACUGGCGUUCCUCACCAUUUUCUCGUUCUCACUGGCCGAUAUCAACGAGAAACUGCUCAACAUCCAAUGUGACCAGCUCCAGUGUGUGUCCGAUGAUUCCUCCUACGUCUACAGGAGAGUGAAAACCGUUGCUACGAAAAAGUACCAUGCUGUCACAUUUAUGGAGACCAACUGGUUCAAGGCGAUGCAGUACUGCAGUCUCCACGGGAUGAGGCUAGCCACCAUAGACUGCAAGCAGGACCAGGCCCAGCUGGAAGAGCAACUCUAUGAAUUGGCUCCAGUAGCAUCUCAGCUGUGGAUCUCAGGAACCAGAAUGGGACAUGAAAAAGACUUCUUCUGGAUGACAACUGGGAAACCCAUCACAUUCGCUGAUUGGCAGCCAGGUUCCAAUAACGAGAAGUGUGUAUUCCUCACCAAAACUGCUUCCAGCUACAAGUGGGCCACAAGCAACUGUGACGUAAAGAAACACUUCUUGUGCGAAUAUUAUGCUUGAACAUUGCCUGUUCCUCUUUUCUUCUUGUUGCUUAAAUUAACUUCUACUUCAGAUGCUGAUAUUCAUUUAAUUGAUAUUCUUAUUGAUUAAUUGUAAUAAAACACUCAAGAAUA